AUUCAGGUGUUCCAAUCACCUCCAUGGUAAAAGAAUGGGUCGCUCUCAGGAGCUCAGUGAAUUCAAGCAUGGUACCGUGAUAGGUUGCCACCUGUGCAAUAAGUUUAUCCAUGAAAUUUCCUUGCUACUAAAUAUUCCAUGGUCAACUGAUAGCGGUAUUAUAACAAAGUGGAAGCAACUGGGAACAACAGCAACUCAGCCACAGUGAGCGGGGUUAGAGCAUGUUGAAGCACACAGUGUGUAGAAGUCUCCAACUAUUUGCAGAGUCAAUAGCUAAAGUCUUCCAAACCUCAUGUGGCCUUCAGAAUAGCACAACAACAGUGCAUAGAGAGCUUCAUGCAAUGGGUUUCCAUGGC